CUCUCCUCCCUCCACUUCUCUGCAGGACACGCGAUUUCCCUGAAAGAUAAGGAAAGCUUCCCGCUGCAGAGCGGAAUGUGAAGAACGGAGACAGAAUGAAGGACGGAGACGGACUGAAGCAGCUUCUUCUCUCUGCCAGCUUCUGGAAAAGUGUGAGAAGAUUUGAAGGGAUUUGAGAAGCUUACAGAACAGAGACGGAAACUUUUCAAAGAGUCCAACAUCUCACCUGACUCAAGCAUAUCAGCUCCUCACUGUGGUCUUUCCAGAGACUCUAUGAACACGGUGUGAAAGAUCAGUGAGAUAGAUCAGACUCUUCACUAGGUCAAAGAUGAGCUCACCUCCAGAAGUCCUCCUCGAAAUUCUGAAAGACUUGGGAGGUGAAGACUUUAAAAGUUUCAAGUGGUAUUUCUGGCAACAUGGACUUCUUGAAGGAUUCAAACGAAUCCCAAAGAGUGACCUGGAGACGUUGGACAGGGAGGGCACAGUGGAUAAGAUACUUGACACCUACAGCGAUCGCACUCUUGAAGUCACUGAAAUGGUUUUAGAGAAAAUGCAGAUGAAGGGUUUGUGGGAGAAACACUCCAAAAACAUCUCAAAACCUGGAGGGGAAUAUGAUCCUGAAGAGGGUCAUUUGUCAGCAAAAGCUCAGGAGUGUCAGGAAGAACUCAAGUCCAACCUGAUGAAGAGGUUCCAGCAUGUGUCUGAGGGGGUCGCUAAACAAGGAGAGUCCACCGAGCUGAACCAGAUCUACACAGAGCUCCACAUCACAGAGGGAGGGACUGCAGGGGUCAAUCAGGAACAUGAGGUCAGACAGAUUGAAAUAGCAUCCAGGACAGCAGACAGAGCAGAAGCAAGCAUCACACCAGGAGACCUCUUUAAAGCCUCACCUGGAAGCUCUAAACCAAUCAGAACAGUGCUGACAAAGGGAGUAGCUGGCAUUGGGAAAACAAUCCUGACACAGAAGUUCACUCUGGACUGGGCUGAAGACAAAGACAACCAGGACGUCCACUUCUUAUUUCCAUUCACCUUCAGAGAGCUGAAUGUGCUGAAGGAGAAGAAGUUCAGCUUGGUGGAACUUGUUCAUCACUUCUUCAGUGAAACAGAAGAAGCAGGAAUCUGCAGCUUUAAGAAAUUCCGGGUGAUCUUCAUCUUUGACGGUCUGGAUGAGUGUCGACUCCCUCUGGACUUUCACCAGACUGAUUUCGUGACUGACAUCAGAAAGUCCACCUCACUGGAUGUUCUGCUGACAAGCCUCAUUAGUGGGAAACUGCUUCCCUCUGCUCGCCUCUGGAUCACCACACGACCUGCAGCAGCCAAUCAGAUCCCUGCUGACUGUGUGGACAGGGUGACAGAGGUCCGAGGGUUCACUGACCAACAGAAGGAGGAGUACUUGAGGAGGAGGUUCAGAGAGAAGGAGCAGGCCAGCAGGAUCAUCUCCCACAUCAAGACCUCCAGGAGCCUCCACAUCAUGUGCUACAUCCCAGUCUUCUGCUGGAUCACUGCUACAGUCCUGGAGAAGGUGUUGAAGAGCAGAGAGGGAGGAGAGCUGCCCAAGACCCUGACUCAGAUGUACAUCCACCACCUGGUGGCCCAGGCCAAAAGAAAAAAGGUCAAGUAUGAAGGAGGAGCUGCCACAGAUCCACACUGGAGUCCAGAGAGCAAGGAGAUGAUCGAGUCUCUGGGAAAACUGGCUUUUGAGGAGCUGCAGAAAGGAAAACUGAUCUUCUAUGAACCCGACCUGACAGAGUGUGGCAUCGAUCUCACAGCAGCCUCAACGUACUCAGGAAUGUUCACUCAGAUCUUUCAAGAGGAGAGCGGCACGUACCAGGACAAGGUGUUCUGCUUCAUCCAUCUGAGCUUUCAGGAGUUUCUGGCUGCUCUUCAUGUCCAUCAGACCUUCAUCAACUCUGGAAUCAACCUGCUGGAAGAGAAACAAACAACCAUUCAACAAUCUCCACAACAGCCUCAGCUCCACGACCUCCAUCAGAGAGCUGUGGACGAGGCCUUGAAGAGCCCAAAUGGACACCUGGACUUGUUCCUCCGCUUCCUCCUGGGUCUUUCACUGGAGACCAAUCAGAGUCUCCUUCGAGGUCUUCUGAAACAGACCAGAAGUAACUCACAGUCCAAUCAGAAAACACUCCAGUACAUCAAGAGUAAGCUGAGUGAGAGACUGUCUGCAGAGAGAAGCAUCAAUCUGUUCCACUGUCUGAAUGAACUGAAUGAUGGUUCUCUGGUGGAGGAGAUCCAACACUCCCUGGGGUCAGGAAGUCUCGACACAGAUGGACUGUCUCCUGCUCAGUGGUCAGCUCUGGUCUUCAUCUUACUGUCAUCAGAAGAAGAUCUGAAGGAGUUUGACCUGAAGAAAUACUCUUCUUCAGAGAACACUCUUCUGAACCUGCUGCCAGUGGUCAAAGCCUCCAACAAAGCUCUGUUGAGCGGCUGUGGUCUGUCAGAGAGAAGCUGUGAAGCUCUGUCCUCAGUUCUCAGCUCUCAGUCCUCCAGUCUGACACAUCUGGACCUGAGUAGUAACUACCUGAAGGAUUCAGGAGUGAAGCGUCUGUCUCUUGGACUGGAGAGUCCUCACUGUAAACUGGAAGCUCUCAGUCUGUCAGGGUGUCUGAUCUCAGAGGAAGGCUGUGCUUCUCUGGUCUCAGCUGUGAGAUCCAAGUCCUCCCAUCUGAGAGAGCUGGACCUGAGCUACAACCAUCCAGGAGACUCAGGAGUGAAUCUUCUUUCAGCAGCAGUGGAGGAUCCACACUGCUCACUGGAGAAACUCAGGUUGAGCUGCUGUGGUCUGUCAGAGAGAAGCUGUGGAUCUCUGUCCUCAGCUCUCAGCUCUCAGUCAUCCAGUCUGACACAUCUGGACCUGAGUAACAACGACCUGAAGGAUUCAGGAGUGAAGCGUCUGUCUCUUGGACUGGAGAGUCCUCACUGUAAACUGGAAGCUCUCAGUCUGUCAGGGUGUCUGGUCUCAGAGGAAGGCUGUGCUUCUCUGGUCUCAGCUGUGAGAUCCAAGUCCUCCCAUUUGAGAGAGCUGGACCUGAGCUACAACCAUCCAGGAGACUCAGGAGUCAAACUACUAUCUGAGGCUGCGAAGGACCCACACUGCAAACUGAAGACUCUCAGGGUGGACCAUAGUGGAGAGCAGUGGCUCAAACCUGGUCUGAAGAAAUAUUUCUCUCAACUUCAACUGGAUGAAAACUCAAUGCACAGAAACCUCAAACUGUCCAACAACAACAGGAAGGUGACAUAUUUGGAGGAAGAGCAGCCGUAUCCUGAUCAUCCAGACAGAUUUGACUUCUGGCCUCAGCUGCUGUGUAGAAAUGAUCUGAGUGGCCGAUGUUACUGGGAGGUCGAGUGCCGCGGAAAUGUAGAAAUAUCAGUGAGUUACAGAGGAAUCAGAAGGAAAGGACACAGUCUUGAGUGUUGUUUUGGACGGACUCAUCAGUCCUGGACUCUGAGGUGCUUUGAUAGACGUUUCCAUCUUGGAGGUUACUAUGCCUUUCACAAUGCCAGAGUAACAGCCGUCUCCUCCUCCUCCUCCUCCUCAUUCUUAUGGUACUUUUUCGUCCCCUCUAGUAGAGUAGGAGUGUAUGUGGACUAUCCUGCUGGCUCUGUGUCCUUCUUCGAAGUCUCCUCCGACUCUCUGAUUCACCUCUACACCUUCAACACCACAUUCACUGAACCUCUAUAUGCUGGAUUUUGGUUUUGCCUCAACUGGUCUGGUUCUUCAGUGAGUCUGUGUCCUCUGUAGGAUAGAUGGUCUCUGGCUCUGACAGCAGGGAGGAGGAGGGGCCUAUGAGAAGGUGGGAGGGGCCUAUCAGGAAGUGGGAGGGGCCUGUGAGAAUGUGGGAGGAGUUUGGCUCCACGAAAGAUGUGAUUUCGUCUUUGCUUCAUCUGGUGUUUGUUGUGGUUUCAUCGUUGUUGUGCUUCUUGAAAUGUUCCAUCAUAAAGUAAUAAAGGUAAAUCAUUGACAAGUCAAA